CUUCAUAGCUACUUGAAAUCACAGACAUCCAUCGCCAUGGCGCGCGUAGGGAAGGCACGCCUUGGAAAACAGCUCAGAUCUAAUGGCAAGAGCCAAUCGGCCCGUAUCGAGAACUACGAGGACACGCUUCAGGAAGGAGGUGUUGACGAUUAUAUCUUUAAACGAGACCAGAUCUUCCUUGACGACUGGCGUAACGUGGAAGAUCAAGAUGAUAUAGACAUUGGGACUGGCGAGCGAGUCCUCGAUAUACCUUCAUUCGCCGAGCCUUCUAGUUCCGACGGAGAGAGUGAUGAUAAAGGAGCAGAGAGCUCUCGUUCGGGCAAGAAACGAGCGAAAGCUCCAAUCUCCGAUGCUCAAUUAAGAGGGCGUUUCGCCAAAGAGGCCGCCGCCGAGGUAGACGUGGGCGAUGAAAUUGAGAGCUCCGGUGACGAGGAGGAAGGAUGGGGUCGUCAAUAUUAUUCCAAACCCAGCAAUCGCAGAGCCAGAGAAGAUCCUCAGGCAUAUGAGGCAUCGAGGGAAGAGGAACGGGAAUUGGAGGUGAACGAAGUGAGGCGGCUGCAGAAGAAGGCAAGAUUGGAUCUGAGAGGAACCGAAGACUGGGGAUUCGACCCGCAGCUCUUGACAACCGAGAUUGAUGACAAUCCUGCGGAUGAUCCGGUUGCAACUGUGGUGGAAGCGCCUGAUACUGAAGACACCUCGACUUUACUCCGUCACCUUGAGAGCCACGAGACGUUGAAGCUCGCCCUGGCGAGGGAGAUGCCUCUGGUCAUCGAGAAAUUACAGAAGACUUCUAGGGGGAUGCAGACUCAGGAGGGAAGCCGAAAUGCGGCUCUGCAGAGGGGACUUGGCUGGCUGCACUACCAGGUUCUUCUUUCUUAUGCGACGGUUCUCGCUUUUUACCUGCACCUUUGCGCUCUCCCUCGAGAAUCGCGCCCUGAUCUGGCAGACCACCCCAUCAUGUCAAGGUUGUUGCAUCUGAAAGAGGGACUGGCUAUGCUUGAAGAUCUCGACUUUGCAGCAGACAGUGAAUCUGGCGUUUCGGACGAAGAGUUUGAAGAGGGUGUGAAUGGAUCACAGAAAGCGAUGAAGGACAAGCUGUCGCUCCUCUUCGGCGCCUUCAACGAUAAGGGCUCCUCUCAGAUCGAGGACGACCUCGAUGAAUCGUGGCGCACGACCCAUCUGGAAGAAGGAGAAUUGGACGAACUGCUCGCUGAUCUCACGGACGGAGAGCCCGAAGUCAUACCGGUUGCAGAGCCGAAACGUAAACCGAAGGGGCAUAAAAGAUCUCAACUUCUGGCUGCGGAUCCCGUGACCAACGCUCUGGUCGAGCCAGACUUCCAAAGCAUGGAACAUUUCUCGACAACCCAGAGCAAUGAGGAUCCUAUUGGAGACCCCAGCGCUCUGGAUGAAGCAGAUGCCGUCGACAAAGAGAAUCGCAAACGUUCACUUCAAUUCCACACCUCAAAGAUCAAUUCGACCUCGGCGCGUCGAGCCGCAGCUAGAGCCCAACGUUUCGGUGGAGACGAUGACAUCCCGCAACGAGAUAGGCAAGCUGCGCGAGAUGCAGCUCUUCGCCGGAGCGGACCUGCAGCUCAACCAGAGUCCGACACCUUAUCCAGCCAAUGGUUGCAAGAAAGCGGCGAAGAUUCCGUUCCAGCAGCGUCCGAUAACGCCGAGUACUACGAUCUUGUGCGACGUGAUCAGUCCCGAAAGAAAGCAGCGAGAACAGAUGCGCGCCAGCAGGCAGUCGAUAGUAACCAGCGGUUUGAGGAGGAUGUGCACAAGGGCGGGCCCCGAGCUCUGACCCGCGCCAUCGAGAAGAACAGGGGUCUCACGCCGCGCAGGGCCAAGACGAACAGAAAUCCUCGUGUCAAAAAGAGGCUGGCCUACGACAAGGCAAAGAGAAAGGUCAGCUCUCAGGGACCGGUAUAUAAGGGUGGUCAAUCCAGUCUUCAGGGGCGCUACAGUGGAGAGACGAGCGGUAUCAGCAAUGUUGUACGCUCAAAGCGUUUCUAGAC